CGAGUAUAGACCCCUUUGUUUAUAUUUCUGGUUGUUGACGACAUAUACAAAGCGAAUGGACACGUUGCCUCGCCGCAAGAUGCGGCAGCAAAACAAUGGAUUUGCUCGUGGUCGUUCUACACAUUCUCAAACCUGCAAUAACUAAAAUUAUUCCGUGUUUAUGGUGAUUUUUCAGCGCAUGUGUGGGUACUUAACAUCAUGAUUCUCGUCCAAUGGAUUGAUAUCAAAAUAGUCAAACAAAGAGAUUAUAAAGGUAUAUUCAAUGGUAAUAAAAUGGUGCAGCAGUGCUAUUUGUGUAAAAUUUAUAAACAUCAGGCGAAAUCUUUAACAUUUCAUUCCCUUCCCAAGACCCCGGAAAGGAGAAAAAGGUGGUUGACGGCCCUUGGAUUCGACGAAAACCAUCAAUUUCCUAAGUGGGUGGAGCUAUGUUCCAAGCAUUUUGGAGAAAAUGCGUUCGUUUACGGAAGUGAGGGACAAAAGACACUCAAGCAGGAUGCGAUUCCUCUCAUCUCUCGUUCUUUGUUUGAUCCUGCAGUAAGCACCAGGUAAACUCUUAAUAUAUAAUAGACUAGUUUUUCUAAUACAUUAAACUUGAAAGAAUAGUAGUAUUUAAUAAUAUUUAACAACCAUUUUGGCAAUUUCACAGAUAAUAGACAGAUAUAAGACAUGCUCUAUAAUCUAUCAGCAAUCAAAAAGAGCUAAUAUAUCUGGAUCUUAUGAGCUGAAAUGAAGAUGAUGCUUAUAUCUUACAUUAUAUUGUUAUGAGAACAGUGACAGUACAUUUGAUUAUUUCGUAUAUUCUACCAGCGAUUUCUAGAGCUUAAAAUA